CGAGAGCGAGAGAAAGUGAGAAGAGUGAGCAGGACGAGGCGGAGAGCGGCCCAGCCCUAGUCCUGCCGCCCGCUUUCUGCGGCACAGUCGCCGGUCCGUAUUUUAUAUAUAUGCGCGGCGAAGGCUCAGGAGCUAUAAAAGGAGCAUAUUAAAAAGAAAAUAAAGAAGAAAAAAAAUUAACUAAGGGAGGAAUUAAUAACUUCGGAAACCUUCCCGUUACCCGACCCUGGAUUUUGGCGCGAGGCGCGAAAGAGGAGGAGUGAUGGCCGCCGACUCGUUAGAGCCUCGACUCGACCGUCGCGGUUCCCUGCUCGAGGGUCGGGAAUCUCAAGUCGCACCCGGUUUUGACCCGUCUUUGGACCCCACGAUUAGACAGCUGUUCGAGCAACAAGCUGAAAUCCAGGCGAAGUUAGCGGCUCUACUCCCAGCCAAGUAUCUCCCUAACAGUAAGCUCGAGCUGGACAUGCUCCGUCGGAAGCUUAGAGCACUGGAGGCUUAUGUGAAGAACCAAAACCUGCCAGGGACCGUUCCAAUAUUAUCUGAAGUCGAGGAAGCCCGCGCGCUGCAGUAUAAAUGCGAAUGCAUCGAGAGCUUCUUAAUCGACCAAGGUCUAGACCUUCACGACGGCCAAUUUCUGCAUGCCUUGAAGUUAUACGGUCAGGAUGAUGCACCGUCCGGCUACGAUGCUUGGCUGGAUAAGAAUAUCUCAUUUUAUGACCCCAUAUUCCGGGGAUGGAGGAUGAGAGAGACGAUACCUUUAAUUUCUAGACGCCAGGCUUCUUUUAAAUGUUGGGAUGACCGAUGCGUGUAUUAUAUAUACGGCUUCUCCAACACCGAAGACCGGGACGAACAUAUAAAACAACAUGCCGGUCCCCCAAAGAGAGAUUCCGGUCUUUCGGUGGGUACUAUUCCCCCAAUUACCUUCUCAGACCAAGCGUCGUCGCGGCUAUUUAGUACCGAUCAUAUAAACCGAAGCUCUCCAGCUACUUUACCACGACUUUCUGUCCCUCCCUCUCUACCUCCACUAGCCACGGCCAACCAACCGAGAGACCGGCGUGAAUCGACGAUUGGGUAUCCAUUUGCGAACGAAAUACCUCCUCAGCCUAGGGGAUCCGUCGAUUCCGAACCCGAUUCCUUGCUUCCGCCCCUGAAGCGAAGUAGAGUCGGACACGGAAGGCUUGAAUCCAUAGGCGAGCUUAGACUGCCACGCGACGCUGGGCCGUGCCUCCGCUGUAAGGUUCAGGCGAAGCCGUGCGAUUCGAAAGACGACUGUGCGUUUUGCGCUGAACCGCCUAACUCUGUUAAUGACGAGUUUUGGGGUGUACUUGGUUGCCAUCGUGGCCCUCUGGUCGCGCUAGCUGACUAUAUGCUACCAGAAGCCCUGUCGCCGAGACAGGUGCACACGCCUGUCACUUCGCCCCUAGCCAGGCGGCGUAAUAUGAACGAAUAUCUCGAACGUACAUAUUUAGUGAGCCAGACCAUGUCUGAUAUGGUGAAGUCACAUAUAGACUUCGACGACGGGUUCUGGUGGACUGAAGAUCUUGCAUCGUUACCAAUGCCUAAUCCCACUCUGGCGAAUUAUUCGAAAGAUCCUAAGGAUAAGCCGCCGCCUGUCCUGAAGGUGCUAGCAGCCAGCUGGAACGCUGAGGGUGUCCCCUUUCAAUUUUGGGAACUUUUCAGGUUGACGGGCUUCAUGUCGGAGAGUAGGGAACUGGAAGCUGUGACAUAUCCUGUGCUUCAUCGGGCAAAAUUACUUCUCAGGGAGAUACUAUUCUAUGACUUGCAGCAGCCCGAACCGUCGAUACGAACCGAAGUCAACUUAACUAACGUGACAAACGCCCAAAACUCGCCCGACGAUAUAGAUUACGAAGGACGAAACCGACUGAUUUAUAAUUGCAUGGUUCAAUUUCUGCAGUCGUUCGAGAGUACGACCAUGCGAAGAGUUAUUUCGGAUCCGAAGAGUUGGCUAGCUGUUUUCGUUUCGCUUUGUAUAUUUAGUAUUGUGAGGACGAUCCUGGCCGAUCUGAUCUCUACGCCGUCGCGAACCCUGACCCCCCAGGCUCAAGCUGGUUUUCCUAUGUCCGCAGGUGCCACUGCUAUGCAUAGCGUUUACAAGGCCUUGGUGAGCAUAUUCGCCUGGUCGACGCCGAUGAUGCUGGACGAUCCACCUCAGGAAUUGGAUGGGAACGAUCGUGUAUUAUUUGUUACCACUAUUUCGGCUAUUAGAAAGGACGACUGGAUUGCAUUGGGCAUUCGCUCAUCAAGAGAUUUCCUCCUCGGCCUGGGAAGCGGUUAUCUAGAUGGUAAUGCUGGGUUUAAUGGUUUCUUUAGACAACGAACACCUAUUUAUCGGCACGUUUCUUACCAGCAGCCCUCCGCCGUGGGCCAAGCUGGGGAUGUUCGGAAGCCCCUUUUUCAAUGGCGUCCAAUCGACCCUUGGGCAAAUCGAAACGAUCAAGAAAUGCUGCCUGCAACAUAUGCCAUAGAAACUCCUGAGCCUGGGAGGCGGCAUACUGUAGGAGAGAACCCUGUCUUUACACGCGCAAUUGCGAGAGGUCUUAGCUCUCCUUCGAAACUAAGGACUUCUUACCAACGGCCACCUCUUCGGCGCGUAUUUUGUACCAAGUGUAACGAAUAUCCCGAGGGUUUCCGCGGCGAACACGAACUUCGAAGGCACAAUGAUGCCAAGCACGCCUCUUUGGUCAAGAGAUGGGUCUGUACCGAGCCUCAGAACGCAAGUCCUAACUCUCCGCAGCCCGUAAUACCGCUCUCGAAGUGCAAAGCUUGCGUUACGCAGAAACGAUACGGCGCUUAUUACAAUGCAGCAGCUCAUUUACGGAGAGCGCAUUUUCACCCACACAGGAGCGGCAAAGCUAGUGGCGAUUGGCCUCCGAUGACUGUUUUGAAGGACUGGAUGCGAGAAGUACGGCAGUCGAUCGAUAUUAACGAGAACGACACGUCGAGCGGAGAAGAAGAUAACGACGUAAGAAUGAUGGAAGAAUAUGCGUUGCCACGCCAGUCGUCUUUCUUGGAAGCUCCGCGCCUUGCGCCAGCCCCCCCUCAAGGGCCGUUACUGGCACCUUCAAUAGCACCGUCCCUGGAUAGCACUGCGCAUAGUAGCCCCGUCAUACCGAAGGCCGAGGACAAUAGGAACCGGUGUCCUCAUCCCGAUUGCGGUCGAGUGUUCAAAGAUUUGGCAGCACAUAUGUUGACACACCAAGAAGAACGGCCCGAAAAGUGUCCUAUAGAAAGUUGCGAAUAUCACACGAAAGGGUUCGCCCGGAAAUACGACAAAAACAGGCAUGCACUAACACACUACAAGGGCACGAUGGUCUGCCCUUUCUGUCCAGGGCCAGGGACAGCAUAUGAAAAGGCAUUUAAUAGGGCUGAUGUGUUUAAACGACACUUAACGGCCGUGCACAAUGUUGAACAGACCCCCCCUAACAGCCGGAAGAUGAUUAUCACUGGAAACAGUUCUCGGAAUGGUGGCGAUGCUAAGUGUUCCAUUUGCCAGACACGGUUUUCGACGGCACAGGAGUUCUACGAGCAUUUGGACGAUUGCGUUCUGAACGUCAUCGUCCCUACAACGCCAAAGGCAUUGAAAGACAGGGUUUCGACGCCUCAAAAGAGCGACGAACGGAGCAUCGUCGUUGCGGUAGAGGACUCAGAUGAAAAGGGUAGGGCUGAAUCAAAAGGGGCAAUCGACGUCUCCUCCUCCAAGGCGAUAUCGAUAUCGCCGGUGCGAGGGGAGAAGAUGGAUUUGGAUUCGGACUAGGAUUAGGAAUGUGGAAUGCGGAAUGUGAAAUAUAUGGGUAGUGUAUAUACGAUGGAACGAAAGAAAUGAGGGAGGAGUUUGGAAGAUAUCAUGUGCUACGAGCGCGACCGUUGUAUUCGUGUAUACAAGCUUGGAACGAAUAUCAGGAACUUGAACGAUAUUAACCCAUGCCCUAUGACCACAGUGACCAAUUGGGUUAGGACUGUGAUGGAUAGGCUUGCUCAUCCAACUAUCGGAUUCGCUAGCAGUAAUGAUCGACGAGGAUGAAGCCGAGGCCCAGAGAUUGGGGAACUUUGGGAAGGAUUCAACGCGGAGUGAGAUGCAGAGCCCUUUCGUUUCUGAGCUAUGUCAGUCUUACCGGGAACUUAGCUUAGGAUCUAGUC